ACACGAACAAAAAAACACAAAUAUUCCCGGCAGCUCGCCUCAACAGGUCCAACUGGUCGGAGGAGGAGGAGGAGGAGGAGGCGGCAUAAGGAGGAGUGUUCCCAGGAGGCAGUGCUCCGGCACCAGAUAUGAGAGGAGGAAGACGAGGAGGAGAAGAAGACUUCCCCGAGUGAAGACUUUCUCUCAGUUAUGAAGUUUGGUGCGUAUUCCACCUGGACCGGCACACACGGGGACUGUUGACGUGUGCCGCCCUUCAUCACCGCAGCAGCUCCUCGGAUCCUCAUCCACCAUGAGCGGCGGGGACCGGGAGGGGCCCGGCGGACCGCUGGCCCCCAACGUCAAACCCAAGCUGCUCCAGAAGGAGGCGAACAGCAAGGAGGACGCGUGGAGGAAGGAGAAGCCCUCGCGGGCCCGGAGGUCCGUCAGCACCAGCUCGGAGAGGACGGAGCGGAGCAGGAGGAGGGAGCGGGACCACCGGGGCCGGGCGGACCGGAGGCGGCGGGGGAGGAGCGAGGAGGCGCGGGGGGGCCGGGACCGGAGGGCCGGAGAGAGGAGGGCGCCGCCGCCCGGGGACGAGGUGGAGGAUACGGAGUGCGCCGUGUGCUUCUGCUCCUACGACAACGUGUUCCGGACCCCCAAGCUGCUGGCGUGCGGACACACCUUCUGCCUGGAGUGCCUCGCGCGCAUCAACGUGGCGUCCGCCGAGCUCAAGACGCUUUGCUGCCCCGUGUGCCGCGAGUUCACCGAGCUGCCGCACGGCCGCGACCUGCCGCGCCUCGGCAACAACCAGGACGUCAUCGGCAAGCUGCCGGCGGCCAUGCGCACGGCGCGCAGCAUCCGCUUCAAGCGCAGCCGCGGCAAGCUGCUGCUGAAGAGCCCGCCGCGCGGCGCCGCGGCGCCCGGCUUCUUCACGCUGCUCAAGAAGAAGAGUCCACCGGCGGCGGCGGGAGAGGGAGAGGGAGGCGACCUCCACCUGGGCGCCCUGGAGCAAGGCAUCGCCCCGGCCACCGUGGUGGACGUGGGCCGGCCGCCCAGCCGGGUCAGAGGUCGCCUGCGCCGGCUGUUCCGCUCGGACCAGUGCUACUACGUGGUGGUGGCGGCCAUCGCCACCGUCACCGUGGCGCUCAUGCUGGUGGGCAUCCUGGCCUUCGUCAUCCUCCCCAGGCUGAGCAUCAACCCGCCGCCGCCGGGGCCCGGGGGCAACCAGACGGUGCCCGGGGCCCCGAACUAGAAUGGGGGGGGGGGGUCACAGAGGUCACCUCGUGUUGUGGUUGUUCGGCGGUGGCGUUGAGAGGAGCGGCGCGGCGCGGGGAAGCCGUCAGCGGCUGAAACGAAAUGAAGGAAAACAAGAGCGGCAACAUUUUUUAUUCUUUUUUUAUUUUUAGACGGAGGACACACACACACACAGACACACACACACGCAGAGAGACACACACAGGCUGCUCGAGGUUGCACACACAGAUAAUAAACACAGCCACACAAGGGCAAACGUGUAGGUUUGUUGUUGUUGUUGUUUGCACGUUGGUCGUUACUGUGAACGGCAGCGUAAAGGAACCGUCCAUCAUUAUUAUUAUACGCUGUAAAUGUGGAAACGACCCCAACACACGAUAAAAAACAGAUUUAUAAUCUGACAUUUUUGUUUCUUUUUUCUUCUUUGCUCUUCCUCCUUCUUCCUCACCCUCUUCCUCCUCCUCCUCUGCCUUCUUCUUCCUCCUCAUUUUUCUUCUACUUAUUUUACUUCUUUUUCUUCAUCCUCCUCCUCAUUCUUCUAAUUUUUCUUCAUCCUCCUCAUUCUUCCUCUUCCUACCUCCUCACUUCUUCCUCCUCCUGUGUGGAGUGACAACAGGCCAUGAUGCCUUCAGGGAACCAGCAGGCUUUCUCCAGACACCCGAUACCCUCCGGUGAUGUAAAAAGACAGUGGACAGGAGGGGGGGGGGGGCUGCCGCUCCUCUCUGUUGCCAGGCAGACUAACCUGUUUGACAACAUACAUGUUCCAGGGUGUCUGUGUUGCCAGUGAUAUUUAAUCUCAUGGCCAUAACAUGUGGGCGGGGCCUCAUGGAGGAUCAAAACAAACUGCAGGGAGAACAAAAUAAAAGUUUUUCCUGCAGCUUUUUUAUUUAAUCUCCCGUGUUGUGAGUGUUCAGUCAGCAGGUUACACAACGCAGCAGCACUCUCUGCAGUAUUUAAAACUACAAACUAAUCACGACUCCAUUCAUCCGAUCAAGACUUUACAUCAGAAGCUGAGACCAGCCAAGUAUUCAGGUCCUCUCCUCAGUGUUGUCCAUGUCAGACACUUUGACCUUUAGAAAUCCUGCAUCUGUAAUAGAGCAACAGUAAAAGUUCUGCAGAAAAAUGGCAGAUCAUUAUUUUAUGAUUAAUGCAUCAAUGAAUACGCCUUUGUUUGAGCUUGUGGAGCCGCAGCUAUAUAGUUUUAACCUUGUGUACGAAAAGGUUGUGAAAUGAUUUGUGUUCUAAAAAUGGGAAAACAUGUGAGGACUAUGCACCAUAAAGUAGUUUUUUAUAUAUUUUUAUUGUAUAUUUUAUUCUUUUUGACAUGAACUAUUGAUAUUUUUGCUAUUCCAUGUAAAAUCUGAAAAGUUGAUUGGAAAGGUACACAUUUUUCUCAAUGGCAGGGUUUAUACACAUGUUGACCGAUGGAUUUCCAGGACUUUUCCAGGACUUUAAAUUACCAAACAUUGUGUGCAAUCUUGGUGUAUACAUGAACAAUUGAGAACAUGUCGUAUUUUAUACUAACAAUGAGAAUCCCAAAGCACACAGCGUAAAUUAACACGUGAAUAUAACACAUUUCCGUGACUGUUGCAAAACUUUUGUGAUUACAUUUUUUACAGGACUUUCCCAGGCCUGGAAAUAAAUAUUUUUUAAACUACA